UCAUUCUUCUAUUCUCUUUGAGGUACUAACUCCAAUGGAAAAUAGUAAAGAAAAUGAUACCUUAGCAUCAUGUGAUAGUUCAUUUGGAAAGCUUCCUGAUCAUCUCCUGAUCGAAAUCUUCAUCCGGGUUCCCGUCUCAGAAUGGGUACAAAUAUGCUGUGUAAGAAAACAGUGGGCCAAUCUGUUUCGUGGAGAAUGCUUGUGGCAAGCUGCUCUUUCUAUGACAUUUCCUUUGGCUAGCAAAGCUAAAAGUUGGCCCGGACCUAUCCCUCGAGGUUUGAGCAAGAGGAGAUUUGCUGCUUUAUAUGUCAGUCAGCACAUUUUUGCUCUAGAUGGUGAGAUGGAUGAGAUAGUGGGGCAUACUUAUUUGUUUCUAAAAGAGCAGCUUGAGCUUUCAUCUAUGCCACCACCAUCUGGUAUUCUGCAUGGAACCAUGAUAGAUCAGUUUAUCGCUUGUGGUAAAUCGAGAGAUAUGGCUCAUGAGCUUGCUUCCCAGAUAUGGUUGGCUGUUCUCGACAAUUUAGAGGAAACCGAGCACACUUUUCAAAUACUUAAACGUCUUGCACAAGAGGGGGAUGUUUUUCUUCCAUAUCCAUACUCAAGAUCAAUCAAAGUCCAAUGGAAGGUGUUUGAAAAGCUUUUCACUGAUUUUCGUGACUGCCUCAACUAUGUGGAUUACUAUGAUGUCUUGGCUUGUGCAAAGAACAAGUUUCAGCCAAUACCAUCCAUUUGGUUAGGUCACUAGUCGACAUCAUCUGCAUAUCCAGGAUACACGAGAAGUUGUACAUAUAUGAAACUCUUGCAGGGGCCUUUUGUCUAUCUGGCUCAAGAUACAAGAAUAUAUUCUCCAUCUAAGAAUCUGAAUCGUCCAGCAGUCCAGCACCAUAGAGGUAAAAAGAAACUGUAGUCACAUCUGUCUUGUCAAUAACUGCAUCAGUUGUGUUUAUAUUUCCAAUGGCUCUAAAUUUGUUGUGCACUGGCCAAAUAAAGUGUUGUUGUACAAUAACAAUCAACGUACAGAUUGUAUCAUCAAUUGUUAGCACUUGGCACAUGGUAUGCACAUAGCUCAACUCUUUGUACAGG